AUUAAUACUAAUACAAAUCUAUCACAUGUACCUUGCAAGUUCUUUAAACAAGGCACUUGUACAGCAGGCGCCAAUUGUAUUUUCUCUCAUAACUCUGAUCCCACCUCAGAAUUAUCUGUGUGCAAAUAUUAUCGAAAAGGUAAUUGCAAGUUUGGCGCAAAAUGUGCCUUACUGCAUACCAUG